GCCACGGCAUCAACGUCUGGUCCGUGAGCGGUACAAGCGGGAUCCGAACAUGCUUGUUGAUGUGAUUGCGAGGACUCCAGCAGCGGGCAUAAAUACCGGCUCUUUCACCCUCAAUCCGACAUCCCCAGACUCCAGGACGCCAACAUCCACUGAGGCUUGAGAACUAUCCCUCUCGUCCCUGCUCUUCAAACCGGAAAACCCCUUUAGUCAACUCUUCUUCAACUCCCAUUCUCUUUAGCAGACUGCUCUGGUGCUCGUCGUCCAACCGAAGUGUAUGUUGAAGGGAUGUUCGCCCCGGUCAUCGAACCCGAAGAAUUGACAAGGAGCAGGUGCACAGUCAACGAUCCAAUCAAACGCGACUGCUGUUCGACCUUCAGAACACCAGGCAAGCCGCAAGAGCUCAUGUCCAAACAAACAAUGCACAAGACUGACAAUAAGAAGCACCGACGUUCCCAGCUCUUGAAACAUGUGCUUCUUCGAUCAACAGCGUUUCGUUUGCGGUGACUGGAAGUGGGGCCACUUCCGCCAGCACUGCCAUAAGGAGUACCGGAUUGGUGAGACAUGUGGCAUGAAACUUAUCAUGCACACUGUCCCUGUCGGCCAGAAGUGUAAGCUGUGCGAGAAGAUCGACACCAAGAAGCGACGGCGGGCCGCCGAGGUUGAGCGGAUCAAUCGAUGGCAGCGUGAAGGGUCCAAAUUUCGAGCGUCCAUUGACAAAUCCAUGGAAAUAAUCCGAAGCCUAGACUACGAAAUCCAGGAGCUCGAAUGCGAACGGGGCCGUCGACUGCAGGGGAUCGGAACCCAGAUGCGCUCGUGAAAUGGGGUUCAUGACGCGGGCGUCUGGGAAUGGGUUUCAUGUACAACGCUUCUUGGUUGCUUUCGACGAAGUCCACUCAUUCUGGAGCUUUUGAGACGGAACGAUACGGAGAGACUG